CUUCUUUUGUAUAUUUCUCAUUAUUAAUGCAAUCCACACCAUCACUUCAUCAUUCAAUCUCUUUACCAUUACUACCAUGUUCAAUAUCCAGUUCUUUUAGUCAUACAACUCCACCAGUAGAAGCACCUACAACCAUCAAAACAAAGCCUUCUUUUUCAGAAAUAGAACAAGUUCAAGAUGAUCAAGAUCAUUUAUUCACAACUAGUCAUUCUUUGAUGACUGCUCAAUUACAAAUUCACAAAGUGACCGAACCUUUUGUUAGUCCACUUACUGAAACUAAUCUUGAUUAUCAUAAAUCUACCUUUCCAUCAAGUCGUGAUGCUAAACGUAGAUAUGUUGAGUUUUUUAUACAAAAUCAAAGAAUGCUAUUAGAACAAGAAUUGGAACUACAAAGAAAAACAAAGGCAGAAAUUAGCUCAAUGAUACCUUUGGACACACGAUCAACUGAUGAAGAAUUAGUACGUGAUGAUAAUCAACAAUUUAUUGGCUCUUUAUUGACCUCGGAAAUACAAACACCCAUUCUCUCAUCUAUUAAAACUGCUACUACUACUACUACACGUCGACGCCAUUCCAUGUUAUCUCAACAUUGGCUUUCUAAUAAUGAUCAUCAACAUCAACAUAAUGCUCUACCUUCAUCGGAUGAUAAUCAUCAAACCAUAAACGUAGACAACACUAAGCAACAAAACAAAUCAUCAUGGUUAAAAAAUCUUACACGAUGGAUUCGGAUUGGUCAAGAUAAAAAAAGGAAUCGUCGACUGUCACUAUUGGAUAAUGAUGAUGAUGAUGAACAAGAAGUUCAGGUACAGACAUCAAGACUGGAUGAUAUGCAACGACAAAGACGCCGUGAACAACAAGCAAGAAAAGCAGCAAGACAUGCCUCUUGGUCAGUCGGUACCUCUUUUGAAGAAUACAAGCGAGAAAAAAAUAGGAUGGUAGAACAAGGUUUAUAUGGACUCAGCAAUGCCAACAUCGCUCGUGCAUUAGGUGGUUCACAACGUUCAAAAGCAUCACUUCUUUUUCUUCCUGUAGGCAACGCCGUACCCUCUUCAUCAUUAACAAAUGAUCAUGAUCCUCCUAUUCCAUCGCCAUCAUCCAUCACUCCUUCGACUCCACCACUUGUACACACUCCUUCACCAUCAUCAUCCAGUCAACAACAAAAAAAAAAGGAUGUAUCUUUUAUGGAACAAACACUCUCUUCUACUAAAUCACUCUUACGCCCGGCCAGAUCGUUACGCAGAAAACAAAAUCAUCAUCCUGUCGACAACCCAAUCAAUGAUGAUCAUCAUCAUAGAAAAAACACUGUUCGCAUGGAUCCUCAUCCAACGCAUCAUCGCCAACAACGACAAGAUAAAAGACGACGCAGCCAUCAUUUUGUCAAUCGAUACUCGCCACAACUAUCAGCAUUAGAGGAAGAAGAUUUAGCGAUGACAACGUCAGAUAGUCAAAACCUGAUUGCAUUUCGAUACCCUAAAAUGGUACGAUUACAAGACUUACGGGAUGCGGCAAUUCAUAUACUUUCUGUGUCGGAUGACCAUCAACCUAACAGAAAAAAGAUUGGUGAUGAUCACACUAUGGAAAACGAUCAUUUCAAAUGGCGACAACAUAAGCAACUAUUUGAUGAUGAUCAUGAUAAUAACAAUAAUGACGAUGAUGGUGACGAUGAUGAUGAUGAUGAUGAUAAUGAUCAUGAUAGUUUGGAAAAAUAUAUACAACAAUAUAGAAAAUCAACAAAACGAUACUCAGACCCUGGAUUUGGUUUAUCUGCUCCUCCUUUCCCAAUUGGACGACCUUUAACGACACUGUAUAACUAAGUU